UUCCAUUCCUCGGGUGACUCAUAGAUGAAACUCUCCUGCGAUAAAGGUGCACUAUAUAAACAGGAACAUAGAUCCGGAGAUGUCUACAUCAUUUCGUACGAUCUAAACAUCUAUCGCCUCAAAGGAUCCCCAUGAUGAACUCAGCCUACUCCACGACGCAGGUACAGAAGUACUUAACAUACCUCUCACUACCGUCCCAAUACCAUUCUUACGUAGAAACACCGCACCUCUUCCCCAAGACAGAUGCAUCGCUCAGAGCUUUGUUCCGGUGUCAUAUUACACGCUUCCCCUUUGAAAACCUAUCCGUACAUUACUCCGUGACCCGCCAACCGGACAUCCAUCCUGAUGUCCUCUACCCAAAGAUGAUGGGAGCUGGGGAGGCAAGCCCGACCGGCCGAGGCGGGUAUUGUCUGGAGGUCAACAUAUUCUUCAACCACAUGCUCCGCGGUCUAGGAUUCGAUGCGUACACGACGGGGGCAAGAAACCGUGGCAGGGUAAAUGGGAUCCCCCAAGGAGACUAUCAAGGAUGGGUACACAUGGUCAAUAUCGUCCGUCUUCCUUCAGGCGCUAGGUAUCAUCUAGAUGUUGGGUUUGGUGGCGACGGCCCAACCAGCCCCGUUCCUCUCGUCUCGGGUGAGGCAAUCAAGAACCUGGGAUCGCAAGAGGUCCGAUUGCUGUACGACAACAUCCCCAAACAGUCGCAGACGACGCAAAAACUUUGGAUCUACCAAUACCGGAAUGGCAUGGACAAGGAAUGGAAUUCGUUCUACUGUUUUCCCGAGAUCGAGUUUUUCCAGGAUGAUUUCGAGGUGAUCAAUCGUUUUGCCGCGUGGGAGUUCCUUGAACGAGGGACUUUUGUUGCUGUGAAAUUCAUAAGAAAUGGUGAGGAAGGAAAUGUCGCUCAGGUACAGAAUGGAAUGAUCCAAGGCCAACCAGAUAGUGACGAGGUGUGUAUUGUGGGCAAGUUGAUGCUGAUCAACAACGAGCUGAAGUUGAACAUGGGCGGAAGGACCAAGGUGAUAGAGUCACUCAACACGGAGGCUGACCGAAGGAUGGCCCUCGAAAAGUGGUUUUCGAUUUCUAUUGCUUGAGCAGCAGCGAGACAAUUAAGAGGCGAGCCGCAAAGGGGAAGAACAUAGCGACUCCCUAAUUAAGUCGAGAUCUAGAAUACAGCUGUCCCAUUAUAAUUCGCUUCAAUCCUGUAGGUUCAAUUCCAUUCCACUUUAUGCCUUUGGAAUGCUUGGAAAGGAUGUAGAAGACGCGUUGACAAGGUCUAAAUUCAUAUAAAUGUUUCUUCGCUCCUGUUCCACAGGCUCCACAUUGGGUCAAUCAUCGCCAGCUUCCAUGUUGAAUGCAGGGCCAUGAGGCAUUUUGCUUCGGGUCCAUUGGGGUUAGAAGCGCAUUGCGAAGCCACUGGAGUCGAAGGACAACCUCCUUGAUUCUCA